ACUGACGCGCGGGGAUUGGGUGAGCGAGGAGCUAAACUGUAUUGUACCGAAAAAGAGGACAAGACGCCGAUAACAAAAACAACAGCUGCGGCCACAUGAGGCCGACUGAGCAUACACUCGCACUUUUCGGGCUCAAGCUAUAAAGACUUCGGAUGUCACGAUGGCUGCACACUUCACCAUAUCCGACAGCGACUCAGACCCAUCGGAGGAGGUAGAGGAAGGAGAAAAUAACCAAUUAUCGUCUGUGCAAGAGCAGCAGCUUCUUCAACGCCACUCCCUCACCCUACCUGAGCUCAGGUUACCAGUGACGGGUCGAAUCAGGCUGAACUCAGAGUCCGUCGCUUCCACGGCCUCCCGAGACGAGGAGCUCUGGGCAGACGAGGCUGGCACUCCCACCGACGGAGCUCCGUUCAGAGUGCGGUCCAAGUCGGCUCCCCCCGCUUUGUGGGCAGCCAAGAAAUACGGCCGGCAGCUCCGAAGGAUGAGCGACGAGUUUGACAGCCUGCUAGACAAAGGGGAAAUGAGGCGGGUGAAGAGUGCUGGGACGACCAAACAGAUGCACCACUCAAAAAGCUGGUGGAGCUACCUCUUCAGUCACCAGGAGAUGGAGGGAGAGAACAACCACCAUGAAAACCACGCUCAUCGCACUGAAUAGGCACCGGGGGGUGGGGGUUCGAAGGAAUCGAUGGGAAUGAGAGGAGAGCAGUGGGAGGAGCCAAGAGAACAAUUGUGAGGAGAACAAAAAGAGCUGCUCUGAGAAAGGACGGAUGAAAGGUUGGUUGGAACAAAAAUCCAAAACACAAAAGGCACGGCUGAGUGGCACUCAGCCAUUAACUGAGUUAACUGAGUGGUUAACUACAUUUAAAUAAACUUUUUUGUAUCGGUGUUGGUUGUGGUGUUAACGAUAUUGCUGGGCAGCCCACUGUGAAAUGGUAAAGGUCGGCCAGGAUGGACUGUUGGCUAUCUGAACCCCACAGAACGGAUACAACAAUGGGCCGAGAGAGGAGAGAUGAUCUCUUGAACACAAAGAAAGAUAGAAGUGGAUCUGAUAGGUGGCCACUAACCACUUCAGUUGUCUCUCGCCGUCGACACUAUGCAAUAUACUGUAGAUGGAGAGAUGCAUGCACUGAAAUCAAAACACCUGACUUUUAGAGGCCUCCUUGAAUGCUGUUAGAAUUUCCUUCCAGGAAACCAGCAAUGACGAUGUGUUACUAAUGCUGGUUUUGCUCUGCUCCACACGUUUGUGCUUAAAUACAAGCUGAGACUCCUGCAAUAGUGUGCCACAAUGAGCUGAGGCAACAGAGGAAAGAGUAUAAAAAGGGAAGGAAUUUUUUUAAAGUAUACAACUCGGGGGCCAUUAUCCAACUUCCCGUUCUACUACCUGCAAGCCAGUACCAUUCAAACGACUGUACUCGACUAUCAUUAACUGCUUUAUAUCUCAAAUUUAUCAAAAGAAGAACAAUCUUGUACAAGGACAAUCUCCGACGACGAUGCAGAAAUACUAUCUUUUGUAAAACUUCAGGGUUAGAUUAUAUCUGAAGAGAAUUAAACGUACAUAUAAAAGCACAAACCGAUAUGAAUCUAUCUUUUUAAAAAGCCUUGGAUGAGCAAAACAAAAAAAAGACAUUGGAACUUUUAUGUGUAAAUAUGUUGUGAAUAUUCUAUUCUGUCAAAUUGCAGGGGUGGGGGUUAUGAGCCAGACAUUUAUUUGACAAGUUCCUAUUUUACAAGGUGACUGUGCUCUUUAAUACGUUUGGCCAACCUAGCAAUAGGCAGUGUACAAUCCAUGGCUGUUGUGAUAAAUGUUAUGUGGGUGGGGAUGAGUUAACUGCUUUACGAGGAGCCAACACACACACACACACUAGCUUUUGGCCCCAUUUAUUCAGGACCCGGUGCACAGAGAAGAUGGAUUUAGAGACUCUUAAGUCACAUUGAAACACAGGUGGAAGGGGACGUAAACUUGGCUUUUCCAAACUAUUUGUAAUGUUUGUUGAAUCAGUUGCCAGUGCGGUUGGGUUUAGAAGCUGUUCACUCUGAUCUGCAUUGGGACGUGAAUAAAACGGGGUCUCAAUCUAUCAAGCCUUAAGGUCUAGGAGUGCUGAUCUGAGGCGACAUUUGUUGUUAAUGUAUUAUAUUCAGGCUUUUAAGGACUACCCGGCACAUACUACACACACAAUAUGGCAUUUGUGGGUGUUAUUAUUAUUGCUGUUAAUGAUUAUACACCACGAUUAGUAACUCUACACAGCUUGGGGAAUAUGAUGAGGCUAUUUGUGACUUGUUUAUCGAUAUGUGAUUAUUGAACACGGUGAUAGGUUUGUUCUACUCAUGUCUUAACUCUCUUCCUCUCGACUUGUAGGGUUGAGUUGUGAAGUGCUCGGGUGUGCAGGCUGAGCGGGGAUGCGUUUGUAUCUUCUUUAAAACUUUUUCUCCACCUUUCUUUUUUUUUUUUAUAGAUUUUUCUAAAACUUGGUUCAGGACCGUUUUUUUUAAAUCAGAGAAUUCUAGACAAUCUGAAUGGCACCACCGGUUUUUAAGAUGUAUCUAAGUCUACCGACAUGUUUGGUAUUGUGCAACCCUGACUGUGUAAGUACGACGUAUUCACUGAAACAUUUUGGUAUAAAGCUUCCAACUCAAUUAAUACAGUUAGACUAUGCUGUUACAGAAGUGACUCAACCAUUUUAUGAUAUUGGAUUUGUCCCACACACUAACAGGGACAUUAGGAAUGGGUAUUCAAGUAGUUGUGCCGUCAUGAGAAAUAGUGUUUUACUCUUAAGUCACUCAGAUCUGUAGCUGUACUUGACACAAGCAGCUGGCUGAGAGAAUAUGUACACGGUGUCGAGAGCUCGGGGCCCGGAUAUGAAUAUGAAAUUUAAGAUUUUAAUAUUGUCAUGAACUGCCUUGAACAUGCUGUAACCUGUGAUGUGAAGCCGCAUAACCGGCCUUGUCUGUUUACCCAAUUACCGCCUUAAACUUUACAGCUCGCUGUCACCUAUUGCGCUGAAGAAAACAAAACAAAAAAGCACAAUAAAUGUGGCGGUGCGUUCGCUGUCACAACUGUGACAAAAAUAUUACGAUGGCGAGUGCUGGAAAAGCCAUUUCAGAGGAAGUCAUGUUGUAAUUUUGACUUUUAAAAACAUGUGUGGCAGAGAACACACCCUGGCCUGGCCACCUGGAGUUUUGCAACCAUCCUUGGUAUUACUUGAAUCUACAGAUGUGUGCGGAGAACUUUGCAUUAUAAAAUUUCUUUUUUUUUUGGGAUUCUUUCUCAUUUUUUUAAUGACUUUUGUAAGUUUUCUCUACAUCUUUGAAACUUCUGGUAGAUGCUGUCCUGAAUAAAUAAUUUUAAGAGUGAUUUUAAA